AUGGCGCGAAUCAGUGUGCCUGUGUUGCUGCUUGCUCUUCUUGCCUCAGCCCUCGUUCCGUCAGAGGCAGCAUCAGCUAUACACCCUCAGAGCAGGAACAUUCCAAACGUGCAGGGGGGCUUCGUCGAUCAGAACGAGAGGGUGGAGUGGCGGUCGUGGCGGAUGCACGUCACGGACGACCGGACAGAAGUGCUGAGGUUGCGGGGGCUGCUCAGUCAGGCAGAGAAGGACCUUGAAAACCUGAACGAGGAGCUUAUGGAUGCAAGGCAAGCGCAGGACAGGGCGAACCUGGCGCUCCAAGACAAGGACAAGAAGAUCGAGCAACUCAGAGACAUGCUCCAGACCGAGAGGAAUGCCCUGGUGGCGCUGCCUUUCGCUGUGCUCACCUUUGAGCUGACGCUCAGCUGCUUGCAGGCCUUGGCGAAGCUGAAGGAUAUGAAUGAAGACGAGGACAAGGACAGGUGGAUCGAUGAGCUGCAAAGAGAGGUGGCAAGCCUCAGAAACAAGCUGGUCGAAUCGCAAGAGUCCGCCAAGAUCCAAGAGGAGUCAAUUGCGAAGAGGAAGCUCGACCUCGAGUCUCAGUUUUCAGAUCGUGUGCACGAGGAGGCUGAGAAGAUGGCCAAGGAGCUGGUGGAAGACCUGAAAGCAUCUUUCGAGACCAACCAUGUGAUCUCCCUCGCUUCUGAGAGGGAAGCCAAAGAGAGACAGCGACUGCGGGCGGAGACGUCGGAGAACAAAGUGAUGGCGCUGGAGAAUCAGAUUGGAGACUUGAGGCAGGUCAUUGAGGACAUGAACAACACGAUUGUUGCACAGGAGAGAAAGCUGGAGGCUGCUGCGAAGAGGUUGGAAGAGGACGAGGAGUCCGACUGGUUGCGAGAUGGGGCUUUUGGAGGAGAGUCUCCUCGUCGCUCCAAGAAGGAUCUCGAGCGGGUCAUCGAGAACCUGAAACAAAGUCUGGUCAAGGAGCAGGCGGACUCUAUACGCACCACGUCGAAACUGAGGGAGGAGAUCGGGAAGCUGCGAGGUCGCUUGUCGGAGAUGAAGAUCGCAGGAGUCAAUAGCGAGGAUUCUUCCUUCGCUCAUCAGGUGGAAGACGUUGUGUCGAUGUCACGAAAUGCUGAGAUACCGGGGAGGUUCGAGUGGGGCAUGCGAGGGGAAGAGCGAGGCAAGAGGCAGCUGGAGAGCAAGGAAGCGCUCUGUGUCGACCUGGCGCUGAACCCGUCGAAGGCCUCCGACCGACUUGCGCUGAUGAAACAAGAGGAGGAAAGCUACGUCGAGGCGAUGCUGGGGGAUAUGAGACGCCUGCGGGAUGAAAUCAGCUGCCUGGUUGGAGAGAGCACAUGCAUGCGCCUCGGACUGCGACAGCUGAGCUCCAACCGCUGCUGUGACUACGGGGGUUGUAAGCCCAGCGGUUUCGGCUACCAGCCCGGCUUCGCUCCGAGCUAUCCCACCACCUACCCCCACAGCUACCCUCUUGCUGAGGGCUACGUUGACCUCAGGUCCACCACCAUCCCCCUCCGCCAGGAGGCUGCCAGUGCCGACGCCCAGCAGUCUUCUCAGGACAAGGAGCCGCAAAGAAGACCUGACAAGGAUGUCGAACUGAAGCAGGCGCCCAGCAAGGAGAAGCGAGGGACAAGCUUUCUGUCUUGUUUCGGGCUGUAG